AUGACGGCCUCCCAUACUCUGUGCUCUGACCUCCACCCCACACCUCCACCCUACACCUCCCCCCACACCUCCACCCUACACCUCCACCCCACACCUCCCCCCACACCUCCACCCCACCCCUCCACCCUACACCUCCCCCCACACCUCCACCCCACACCUCCACCCUACACCUCCCCCACACCUCCACCCUACACCUCCACCCUACACCUCCACCCCACACCUCCCCCCACACCUCACCCCACACCUCCACCCUACACCUCCCCCCACACCUCCACCCCACCUCCACCCCACACCUCCACCCUACACCUCCACCCCACACCUCCACCCCACACCUCCACCCCACACCUCCACCCCACACCUCCACCCCACACCUCCACCCCACACCUCCACCCCACACCUCCACCCUACACCUCCCCCCACACCUCCACCCUACACCUCCACCCCACACCUCCACCCCACACCUCCACCCCACACCUCCACCCUACACCUCCACCCUACACCUCCACCCACACCUCCACCCCACACCUCCACCCCACACCUCCACCCACACCUCCACCCCACACCUCCACCCACACUCCCCACACACCUCCACCCCACACCUCCACCCCACACCUCCACCCCACACCUCCACCCCACACCUCCACCCCCACCUCCACCCCACACCUCCACCCCACACCUCAAUCCCACACCUCCACCCUACACCUCCCCCCACACCUCCACCCUACACCUCCACCCUACACCUCCCCCACACCUCCACCCUACACCUCCACCCCACACCUCCCCCCACACCUCCACCCCACACCUCCACCCCACACCUCCACCCCCUGCUGA